ACGCUGUCUGUCCAAAUCUCCGCAAUAUGUCGCGUGCAAAACAAAGCUCUGCGCAAGGGAAGCUAAAGUAAGCUAACGCUCGCGACGAUGAGCCAAAAACGAUAUUACUUGUGAAAAACUUCGAAAGAGAUCGUUGAACCCCCGUGCGUGCAUACGAGCGAAUGCGAGCGAACGAAUGGCCUGAUCGAGCCGUUCCAUUGUAUCCAGCCGAGGAGAUAACCUGUAAAGUUUGACGGCAACGUACACGCUACGGCGGGAAAAUGCCGCGCGCCAAAAGCUCACCGCAGAAACUAGUCAAGGUGACGAGCUGUCAUCCGUCAGCGAACACGUGGGUGUUCCUCAUGAAAGAGGAUGGCAAAAGUGGAGGUCAAUCAGAGAUUGUGAAGCUUAGACAUCCAGCCUCUGAUAAGCCAACUAUAUUUGUAUUCGGCCCUGGAAAUCUCACAGUGCAAGAGGUUUUAAUCUUUGAUGAAAAGAAGAGGUCCUGGUUCAUUGAUGACAAUGUCAAAUCUGAUGGCAAGUUGUACUUGUCGACACCAAUUGAUCCAAUUUUCUUGGCUUUACCAUACUUAAGGAAGUCGCAGCUAGCGCAACCUUUGGAACAAUGUCUCUGGGAUGAGGAUUUUCCAGACACAUCUCGCCUGGCGCAAUGUGAAAACUUAAACUUAUCGUUAAUCGCCGAUCGUAAGGGAGAUGACUCGCUACAAGCUUUCAAAUUUAAUGAGGAGAAAUCGUUAAAUUGGUUGCAAAAGAAGGUGGAAAAAGUAGCACAUGCAUUAAAAGAAAAAGGUGUUCAUGUAUCUCAAGGUGCUGUGAGCGCUACUUACGUAAAGAGUACCAAAUAUGAAAUUGGUACAGAAGCAGAAUAUUUAAAAUAUGCGCAUGGUAUUGUGUCAGAAUACCUUGCUGAAGAUCUCUCAAAGAAGCUGGCACUACACUUGAAUAUAUCUGAUGAAGUGGAGAGUAAAAAACGCAAGCUAUCUAGCCCUCGAAAUGAAAUGGAUGAGAAGAAACUUAAGAGAGAUUCCAUCGAAGAAAGUCCAGUGCCGAAAACAAAGAAGCAAACGAAAGAUUUAAUUAAACCUGAAAAGAAAAGUGCUGCCCCUAGUAAAAAAGAAUUAGCUAAACAGAGAGCAGCGGCAGGAUCUAAAAGCAUCACUAGCUUUUUUCAGAAGAAAUAAAUUAAGGGAAUAUAAAUCAGUUUUAGAGAUUGAUGUAUUUAUAAAUAUUUAUCAUUGUCACGUUUUUGAGAAUUUUAUUACUAAAUGUAUGUCCAUAUAUUUAACAUAAUUAUGUAAAAGUUGAGAAUUUUAAUAUUUUAUCGAUGA